UAAGACUUACAGACGAUUUUCAAUGGCUAUCAUGAUGAUGAUGAUGAUCCCGAAAAUAAAAAGCCGUUUCAAAUGUACAAAAUGUUUCUUUUUGGCUUUAGUUUGUUUUUAUGUGUGCAUGUGGUGGCGGCUGUUUAAACAUCGAUAGGCAACCAAAUUAAUUCCAAUUCCAUCCAUCCAUCCAUAUAUACAAAUUCAUUCCGACAUCCAUAUAGUUACAGGAAAAAAAAUUUGAUUGAUAUAAAAAACAAAUACUGUUUUCGUUCGUGUGUACAACAACAACAGCAACAGAAUCAUGUGUGGAAUAUUUGCCGUACUCAAUUAUGAUGAUGAUGUAAAAAAAUUUCGCCAAAAAGCAUUGAAUCAUUCGAAAAGAAUCCGUCAUCGUGGCCCUGAUUGGUCUGGUUGUAUAAUAUCGGGAAAUAAUAUCUUUUGCCAUGAACGUUUAGCUAUUAUUGGUGUUGAUUCUGGUGCCCAACCAAUAGUUAGCCACGAUAAAUCAAUGAUAUUGACUGUAAAUGGCGAAAUUUAUAAUUAUAAAAAAUUGAAAAAUAAAAUACUAAAAGAUUGUCAAUUUGUUACCUAUUCGGAUUGUGAAGUAAUCAUACAUUUAUAUCGAAUGUUUGGUGAUGAUUUUAUACAACAAUUGGAUGGAAUAUUUUCGUUUGUACUAUUUGAUACUACGGAUGAAUCAUAUGUGGUGGCAAGAGAUGCUAUCGGUGUGACAACACUAUAUUAUGGUUAUAAUGUCGAUAAACCAGAAACAUUUUAUUUUGCAUCUGAAAUGAAAUGUUUGAAUGAUAUAUGCGAUACAAUCAUGUCAUUUCCACCGGGACAUAUUUAUGAUUCAAAACAGAAAUGUUUUCGUCAAUGGUAUCAACCAAAAUGGUAUAACGAAUCAUUGGUGCCUACACAGCCAGUCGAUUAUGAUAUGAUAAGGAAAAAAUUAACAAAAGCAGUGAAAAAACGUUUAAUGUCUGAAGUACCAUAUGGUGUACUAUUAUCGGGUGGAUUGGAUUCCAGUGUCAUUGCUUCGAUUGCGGCACGUGAAACACGUCGUAUGCUGAAACAUGAAUUUGUUGCCAAUCAAUUGUUGAAAAAAUCAGGAAAUAUUGUAAGUAGUGAUGAUAAUAGUGGUGGUGAUAACAGUAGUGGUAAUAGUAGCAGUGAUGAACAAACCGAUGUUUAUUGGCCAAGAUUACAUUCAUUUUCCAUUGGAUUACCAGGAUCUCCCGAUUUAGUUGCAGCAAGAGAAGUUGGUGCAUUCUUGAAGACUAUCCAUCAUGAAUAUACGUUUUCCAUACAAGAAGGUUUGGAUGCUAUUUCCGAUGUUAUAUAUCAUCUUGAAACAUAUGAUGUGACCACUGUACGUGCAAGUACUCCGAUGUAUUUGUUAUCAAGAAAAAUCAAAGCCAAUAGUGUUAAAAUGGUAUUAAGUGGUGAAGGUUCGGAUGAAAUAUUUGGUGGUUAUCUUUAUUUUCAUUCAGCACCGAAUGAUCAUGCAUUUCAAGAAGAAACGGUUAAACGUGUCAAAAAUCUUCAUACAUCGGAUUGUUUACGUGCAAAUAAAUCAACAAUGGCAUGGGGUUUGGAAGCACGUGUACCAUUUUUGGAUAAAGAUUUUCUUGAUACUAUUAUGAAUAUUGUUCCGAAAGAGAAAAUGUGUUCGAAAAAUCGUAUUGAAAAAUACAUUCUUCGAAAAGCAUUUGAUACAUCCGAUGAUCCGGAUAAAGAACCAUAUCUACCGGACAGUAUUCUAUGGCGACAAAAGGAACAAUUUUCUGAUGGUGUUGGCUAUUCAUGGAUCGAUUCAUUAAAAGCUGAAGCUGAACAUCGUAUAACCGAUCAAUUGUACGAUAAACGUCAGGAACGAUGGCCAGUGGAUACACCAACAACAAAAGAAGCCUAUUUGUAUCGUGAAUUAUUUGAAAUUCAUUAUCCACAAAAAGCUUGUAUUAAAAGUAUUGUACGAUGGAUACCACGUACUGAUUGGGGCUGUCCAACCGAUCCAUCUGGUCGUGCACAAAAAUCACAUAAAGAAACAUAUGAUAAUAAUGGUACAUCUAUGGAUAAUGGUGAUUGUAAAACGAUUGUAAAUGGACAGAAUGGUGGUGGUUCCAUACCAAAUGGAUCAAUGGUACAUUAAAUUUUUUGUAUCCGAAAAUGAUCCAACAUUAUGUGUGGAUGAUUAUUUUCCUUUAGAAAAAUAAUUAGAGAAAUAAAUAAAUGAAAUUUGAAAAAAACGAA